AUGGCAGACCAGAACGACCAAUCCAGCACCAACUCAACCUACAACCAACGCCGUCGCUCAUCCUUUGUCGGUCAAGCUUUCACCGACAUGUUCAGCCGCAGCAGCCGCCCGUCCGAAUCGUCGGGCAACAGUCCUCCCGCCCAAGGACCCAUCACAACCGCCGCUGCCGAAGCCAGCCGACGUCGUCUCUCAGUCAGCACUCUCGGAAUGAGUGCUUCUCCCAACCAGGGCUCGCCCAUGUCGGCUAGAAUGCGAGGUGAGAGUGUUUCCAGCUCUACGGUCGACGAAUCGGCCAUCGACGACGAACCUUCUUCGGCCACGCCUGGCAACAGCGGCCCGUUUGCUCGUAGAGUCAGCUUCGGCGCUCGUGCUCUCAAGGAUAUGAAGGGUGGUUCAGCAUCGGUGCCAGCAGGUAGGCCCACCGCCACCAUUACCAUACCAGAAGAAGAAGUCGUAGACGGGGAGAAGAAGACUUUGGCCCCGACCUCCUCCUCACUGGGUCGUCGAGAAGGCUUCAACUGGGCAGACAACAUGCGUUCCCGUGCCGAGAGAGGCUCUAUCUCUGGCCUCUCCGCUUCCCCUCCUACUGGUGGCUGGACUCACUCCCGCUCCAAAAGUAUCGCCGUCAUGGACACCCCUGUCAGAGACAACCCCAAGCCCAUGAAUGUUCCCGACCAGUUCCAGGAGAGGAUCCUCAAAGGCGACUUUUAUAUGGAUUAA